AUGAUCCGUCCACGCAGAGAAUUGAGGGCUGAAAACAAGCGAAAUGCGAGAUUUUCUGGAUCUGAUGUGUUGCAUUGUGUCGACCCAACAACCAACUACACGACAAUCCUUCUGAAACAGUCUCCUCAUGAGCCAAUUGUGAGAAAAGUCCAUGACCACGUGGCAGCAAUUUUCGGAAAACAGUUGCCCUACUGGAUCUCAUCUCACACAAAUUCUCAGGAUAAGUUGUUUAUUCCGAGUUAUAUAACACCAGAGAGAGUAUCGGUGGAAGUGAAAUCAGAGAAAGAUGCGAUUAAAUUUGAUGACUGGAUUCAGAUGAUCCCCCAACCAAACCACAUUACAGUCAUCGCUUCAGCUGCAAUUACAGUCUGGGAUAACCCAAAAUUUCACAGGGCUCAAACAUUGAAUAUGAUGAAUCCUAACUUCACAACACAAGAGAUUUUACCUAGAUUCAAGGGAAAAUACUUGGUGUUGAAUCGUGCGAAAUGUUCGGAUCUUCAUGUUAUGGAGUUUCUUGACGAUUGGCAAACUAAUAAAGGAUAUCAAAAUAUAAAGUUGGUGGAUAUAUUCUUGCAAGUUACCACUGCUUUUGAACAAGCAAGAAUUCGAGAAUUGUUCGAGAUCGAGGAAUUGGCGGAUGGGAAGGAAUCCUUGGCUUUCAGAUACCCCACAGAAGAGUGCUCUCAAAUCAACGCAUUCCAAAAGGAGUACUCACAUCGAGAGUAUAUUGUCAGAGAAUCCGACGGAGUUGUUGCAUCCAUCUUCUUAAAUGCCAAGCGAUUCGAGUUUGUUGUUCACGAUUUCAAUCAGGAGGAGAUGAGGGGAGAAAUGGAAGAUGUUGCAAUUGAAAACUGA